UGGUUUUGGGACAUCAACAUAUGAACAAAUCAUGAAUAGUAAAAAAUAGAUGAAAAUUUUUACUGUUAUUUUUUCCAGAAUGGAAACCAGAUUGAUAGAGCGAACAACUGGAAAGUCCCACACAAAGGUAGAAAGCAAUGGUGAUAUUGAUCUGUUACCAGAUGUAAAUGUAACAACAAGAAUACAGUUUGAAACAUCACCUGACAUUCUAAAUGAUGUAUUGGACAUGGAAGAAGAGUAUAUGAACGGUAGCAGGAAGACCCAAGUUGUUGAUAUCGCAGGUCAUAUCAACACAUAUAUGAAGGCUAGAGGUAAAGUGUUUUCUCCUAAUGUCCCCAUUGCAAUGUCAGAAUUGGUAGCAGCCACAAGCAUGCUUGGUAUUGAGUGGGUGAAAAACAAUGAUGGUGUUUUGAUACCUGUAAUGAUAAAGGGUCAUAACACUGAAUUCGAGAAUGGAGAUACUAUGUUUGAGUCCCAAAGAAAUAUUGUUUCCUUGACAAAGAAGGCCAAAGAUAAUGACCAAAGAGUCCUGUCUCCUUCAAGAUCAGCACCACAGGUUGCUGGCACUCCUACGGAUGAACAAUUAUGGUUGGGCAAGGUUCGUCCAGCUGUUGGUCAAGUAAUUAAAUAUUCAUUUGGAGGAACUGGUCAAACGUCACAAGAGGGAAGCAUCUCUGAUGUCAAUGCUACUAAUACUGCUAUUGGAAAUCAGGAUCCAAAGCCGGCUGAUUUAUUUAUUUAUCCGUCAACAUCAAAACAGCUUGUGCCUGCUAGCCUUAACCAACCAUAUGCAGGCGACAGGAUUGCACACAGUCAAUCUGCAAAUAAUUCAACAGCAGGGUUUGAACCUGCAAACCACCCAGUUACAAACUGUCCAAGUCCAUAUAGUACUCAUACAGGGCCUAAGAAAGGAAAGAAGAAAAGGCAGAAAUUUCAACCUUACUACAAAAAACAGCGAAAACCAAAUGAUGAAGACGAAACUUCAGAUGAUCCUACAUAAUUUAAAAAAUCCAACUGGUGCAUGAUAUAUCUUUUUUUACACUAAACCUGCUAUGUAAAACUGAAAGUGAUAAGCCCUUUUCCACCAGUAUAAAGCCUUACCAGCCUUCAUAAAUGUGCAGACUGAUCAGGCUAUAUACUGUUGUCAUUUUUUGUAUUUUGAAAUUGUUAAAUAUAUUCAAAUGGACUGUUCCAAAUUCAAAGCAGAGAAAAUCCAUUAAAGCUGCAUGCAUCAAGAUGAGCCAAAUAUUUCAAGAAAACCAAACUUGAGAAAAAUGUAUUGAGGUUUUAUGAAAAUUAAAAAGACUGAAGAUAAAAGUAAUAAUGUCUAUGCUAUUUGAGAUAAAUGGCCGAUUUUUCAAUAAUUUUCACCAUAUUUCUACUGCGUUACUAACAUAGUAAGAGUUGAUUUUGCAUAUUUUGACCAUUUUUUGUAAUUUACAUGGGUUGAAAGUGCCUUUGCAAAGUGGAUGUUAUUUUCUUUGUCAGCUUCACAAUAUUUUACUUUAUUAUACAUUUUCAAAAUUUUCAUGAAAAUUGAAAGGAAUCUGGAAAUAAAAAUCUUAAAAUAAUUUAGCUAGAUAAAUAUUUACAAAAUAUUUUCUCAGUUUCAAUGUAAAACUAUAUACUUGGACAAAGAAUAUUCAUGACAACACCAUCAUGUUGAACAGUUUCAGUAUGGCUUUCAUCUGUAAAUGACCUUUGACUGUCAAGGUCACAUAUGAAUAUUUAAUUAUAUCUUGUACAAGAAAGGAAUGUUUUCUAGGAGAAUUCUUUACUGCAAUAUUCUUCCUCUAUUGUGUUUGACUUUAGAAACCGUUGUCCUUCCUUUGAGGUGGUUCUUGUAAAUAUAUUUGAUGUUUUUUUGUAUAUUAUUAUAAUAAAAAUCACUUGUAUGUAUGAAUGUAUUAUAUAUUAGAAUGUACAUGUAUUGUUAGUUGUGAUGAUUUGUUGCUGUUUGAGUUUAGAAAUAAGAAAAAGUUAAGUGUUACCCUUGCUUGGCGGUGGUUCUUGUAAACAUAUUUGAUUUUUAGCUCACCAGAGAUGGGUCAUAUCAGAUUAAAAAAACUAGGUUACAGGUGCAAAAAAUAGAAAUUUUUUGUUAACUCUCUAGUGGCUACUGUUUUGAUCAAAAUUUCCUGGAAAUUGGUCUGAAAGUUUGUUUUGAUAAUUUCUAGGUCAAGUUCAAAUAUUGGUCAUCUGGGGUCAAAAACAAGGUCAUACCGCCCAAAUAUGGCAAAAGCUUGUUUACACUCUAGUGGUCACAUGUUUUACUGAAAUGUCAUUUAGCUUAGUCAUGAUGCUUGUCUAGGUAAUUGCUCGAAUGAGUUUGAACAUGGGUCAUAUCAGAUGAAAAACUAGGUCACAGGAGUUAAAAAUAGAAAAAUCUUGUUAACACUCUAGUGGCUACUGCUACUGAUCUGAAUAUUGUGGAGUUUGUUUUAAUGAUUUCUAAGUCAAAGUCAAAUAUGGGUCAACUGGGGGAAAAAAACAGGUCAUACUGCCCAAAUAUGGUAAAACUUUAUUAACACUCUAGUGGUCAUAUUUUUGCCUCAAUCAUCAUCAAACUUUGUCAGGAUGCUUGUCUAGGUAAUUACUCGAAUAAAUUCGAACAUGAUCAUUUUGAAUGAAAACUAGGUCACAGGAGCUAAAAAUAGAAGUCUUGUUAACUCUCUAGUGGCUACUGUUUUGAUCCUAAUAUCCUGGAAACUUGUCUGAAAGUUGUUUUGAUGAUUUCUAGGUCAAUUCCGAAUAUGGGUCACCUCACCUGGGGUUAAAAACUAGGUCAUACCGCCCAAAUAUGGAAAAACCUUGUUAACACUCUAGUGGUCACAUUUUUUACUAAAUUGUCACCAAACCUUGGUCAGGAUGCUUGUCUAGGUAAUUACUCUGAUGAGUUCUAUGGGUGAGAUGAAUGAUCUAGGGCCAUUUUGGUCUUCUUGUAUGUAUAUUUUUAUAAAAAAAUGACUUGUAUUAAAGAAUGAUUGAUUGAUUGAUUGAUUGAUUUAUUUGUGUAUAUAUAUAUGUCAUAUUACAAAACAAAUUAAGACAAUUUAUCACAGAUAUAUCUAUCACAUUGUUUUUAACACAGUAAUUAAUUGAAAAAUAAUAACUUUACAUUCAUAAUUAAAUCAAAGAUCUUGUUGACUUCAAGACAAUAUAUACAACACAGGAUAACCCAUGAAAGUUCAAUAUAAAAUAGAGAACUUAUUUCCAAUGGGGUCCUUUGAUGGUAAAGAAUAUAUUUUCUUGAGAACUGGCAUUCAGGUCCAUACUUAGAGAUGAUAUACUGGACUGAUGACUGAAUGACUGAUGACUGAAUGCAUUAUAUAUCAGAAUUUACAUGUAUUGUUAGUUAUGAUGAAUUGUCUGUUUGAGUUAAGAAGUAAGAAAAAGUCAAGCAGUGUCCUUGCUUGUCGGUUGUUUUUGUAAAUACAUUUGUAUAUUUGAUUUUUUUUGUAUAUUAUUAUAAUACAAUUGGCUUGUAUGUAAAAAUGUAUUAUAUAUUAGAAUGUAUAUGUAUUGUUAUAAUGAUGAGAGUAUGAGAGUCUUAUAUAAGUUUUUGUCGGUUCUGUUCUAUUUUAUACAUAGUAAUUCUUUUGUGUAGGUGUAAGCUUGCUUAUUGAGAUGAUAGACUUCUCUAAUUUAUCAUUCUAUACCAUCUUGUUUUGUUAUUUAAUGACACAUUAAACCUCAAAAAUGCUAAUGUUUGAUCAGGAUCCAUGCUGUUUGCUUACCAACUCUAUUACAAGUAGAGAAACUGAUAGCGAACAGCGUGGAUCCUGAUCAGACUGCGCGGAUGCACAGGCUGGUCUGGAUCCAUGCUGGUCGCAAACGCACUAUGUUGGUUUUGUCAUGGCGCUGCUCAUUUAUAGAAUUUUAGACCAUCCAAGCAGAAUAUUGAUAAUUUUUGUGAAGAAGAAAAUCAAAUUAAAAAUAAUCAUGGUAAUUAAAAUGUGAUGCUUGUUUUUACUUUUACUUGUACAAUCACCAUUUACAUAAAGAUGGGCAUAGUGUCACUUAAAUCCAGAAAAAUAUGAUUCAACUAAUUGGUUUUCCUGAUUUGGCGACGUCAUGAUGUCACAAGUCAGAAAUGAGUAAGCUGAAAAUACGCCAUAUGAUAUAACAUUGAACAAAUUGAGAAUUUAUUUGUUUAAAGAUCCAGGUGUAACUCAUUUUUUAUGGUUUUAAAUCAUAAAUAUAAUUUAUCGAUAUUGUUAGUUCCAAAAAGCAUGAUAUUUGUAAAGAUAUUACCGAAUUUACAUUUCAUGUUAAUGAAGGGAGGUAAUUAGAAAUUUAUUUUCUAUAAAGUCAAAGGCAAAUUUUUCUAUAAGAAUGAAUGCAUAUAUUUUUAUGAUUAAAUUAUUUUAAUGAUUACAUAAUAUUAUAAUGUGAACAAAUAUUUGCAGUACAUAAUAUUAUUUUACAUAUUCUUUGAUGUUUGAAAAUUGUUUUAGAAGCAUAAUUAUAUACAUAUAUAAAAUUUUACACAAGUGUGGUUACAACCUUAAUUACAACAUACAGAAUUUUUAACAUGUACUGUCAACACCAGCUGUUAUAUUCGUAGAUUAAUUCAAAUAAGAGUAGCUUCUUGUGUUUACUUAGUUACACAUUUUAAAGCAAAUAAAACAUUUUUGUAUCUAAUUUAAGAGAACUCCACUGAGGUUCAAAAGCCAAAAACAUAAUAUUUGACUUUCUGAUAUAGAUCACCUGUCCUGGGGCUCUGAAAAUAGUAAGAUAUGCAUAAUAUCAUUAAGAAAUAAAGUGAAAAUAGUAUUUUUGUGCUAUGUUUAGCCCAAUUCAAGGGAAACGUUUAAACGAUUUUCAAUUUUAAGUCAUUUUUUUCCCAGAACAAUUAUUCUAUAAAAACAGAGUGAGUGAAUGCUCAAAUUUUUUUGUACACAUGUUAUUUCUUUAGACCUACAAGGAAUGGAACAUUAAUCUUGAGCAAUUAUUUCCGGUCCCGUCAUGUCAUAAAAGCUCAGUGGAGUCCCUUUAAUGAUAAAAAUUGUCAUGGUAAUGUAUUAAAUCUCUUACAUUUCGUUUCGGUAAGUGGUUUGCUAAAUAUAAAUAACCUUGUUAUUUUGCAAUUCUGAUGGUACAUGUCAAUCAUAAUUAGGUACACCUUAUUUCUAUUAUGUUAUAAUGCAACAUAGCUGCACAAUGUAUACAGUAUAUUUCAAAUAAAUGUAAUCCUA